AUGGAGUCCCUCAAGGCUUUUUUUCCUAUCAAGCGGAAAGUUCCUAGUGGCCCAGAUCCUAUACAAUCUCCUAGAUCACCUCUUGUAGGACAUCCUACUAUUUCUAAUGAUUUUGGUUCUUUAAAUUAUGAGAUCAAGAGGAAAGUUCCUAGCGGCCUAGAUCCUAUACGGUCUCCUAGAACACCCCCUGUGGAACAUCCUACUGUUUCUAAUGAUUUUGGUUCUUUAAGUUAUGAGAUCAAGAGGAAAGUUCCUAGCGGCCCAGAUCCUAUACAGUCUCCUAGAACACCCCCUGUAGAACAUCCUACUGUUUCUAAUGAUUUUGGUUCUUUAAGUUAUGAGAUCAAGAAGAAAGUUCCUAGCAGCCCAGAUCCUAUACAGUCUACUGGAACACCCCUUGUAGAACAUCCUAUUGUUUCUAAUGAUUUCGGUUCUUUAAAUUAUGAGAUCAAAAGGACAGUUCCAAAGGGCCCAAAUCCUAUCAAGUCUCCCACAGCACCCCCUAUGGAACAUCCUUUAGGUCCUAGUGGCACAGAGACUCUCGAGUCACCCCUUCAAAAAUAUAUCAAUAUGUUGCCAUGA